CCUUGACAGUUGACGCGAUUGUUUAUCAAUGAAAACGAAAGGAUGAAAUUAAUCUGGCUGGAUCAUUUAUCUGUUUUAUUACAAUAUUCAUGUUAUCAUGGGGUUUAUUGCCCGGAAAUGGGUCCACUGCCAAAGGGUACCCGUACGGCCCACAUUAAGGCUAGUCAUGGCCCAGACACCAAUAUGUUGAAGUUUUAUGUCACACAGAACUCUACAACAUAUGGGAAGCACUACGAGAACUAUAAGCCACAUUCAGGCCGCCAUACAGGAACAGGAUAUUUGUCAAAUUUCCGCCCUGCUGUCUAUUAUAACCAAAGACUUGACAGCCAAGAUAACCCCACAUUAGCUCGAAUUUGUGCCCAGAACUACCGCAGCCUAACAAGUAUUGACUUUCAACCAUCCAGAGAAAACCAGGGGCAUGAACCUCUGCCUUUUAGCUGCCAUCAGGUUGGCUCAGGAUUUGUUCGACAGAAGCCCAUAACCACACCACUGGAACGAGAGGUGAAGGGUGUCUUCAUUGACACGCGGGCUGCCUCGGCGCCUGCGAGCAUUCUCCCAAAGGCCAAACCUCUGCUGCAUUCCCUGAGGGCUAAAGACCCUGUGGAACUGGAGAACUCAGGAUAUGGUCCGAAGUACAUGUUGUCAGAAACCAAGCAGAGAUUUCUAGGAGCUCAGCCUGACAGAAAUGGAGUUAGUUAUUACCAUGUGGACACAUCUUGUAAGACCGUUGGCCCUAAAGAGUUUUCUGGGUUCACACACGCAUACAAUGAUGAACCAAUCACAUUCAUUCCUGGAAACCCGCACAAGAACGAACGUCCAGGAUGGUACACCAAUCGACCCACUGGUACAAGUAUCUUUAAGACGAGUUUCCAGCCCUCACAGUAUCCACAGGGUAAUGAACCCUUCCACACGGUAUCACAUGGUUCUGAUAGGGGUUCUGGAUUUGUGAGGGAGAAGUCUAAGCCUCUGUACGUCAACCGAAUCAUGGGCGACGCCUACGACAAACUGGGAGAUAUCCCUGAACUGAGGUUGAAAAGGACACACAAACAAGAUCCUACAGAAUAUUACAAUAUGCAGAAUCCUAAUAAUUAUUCCUCGAUCACCAUGGAUACGUACAAGGGAGAGCAGCGGCCCUACCAGACGGAGUGUGACAGACUGGGUCGCACUGCUACUGGUACCCAGGAGCUCUCAGGAUACAGUGAGAACAAUGACAGAUUUGUGGCUGUUGAUGACAACCCAGCAAGAUUUGUCACCCACUAUAUGACUAGAUUCACCGACAGCACGCCUGUGGGCUUAGCCCGGGAAGGCCACUGCAGGGGGGGAGUGCAGGACCAGAAGCCCGAUGGGUUCACCAAGAGCACAGCGGUCCAUUCCUUGGGCCAGGAGACCAACAGCACAGAGGCACUUCGCAGAUUACAACCCUAUGUGGCCAGGAGUAUCAAGUCUCGAGAUGUGUUCUAUGAUGAUCACACCUACGACAGCAAGCUGCACACGGGACAACCUAUGCUGGCUGCUACAUCCUAGACAAAUCAGUUUUCUUGGGGGGACUUGUGUCAUAGAUUUACAUUGGUGGACAGUUAUUAGAUUUUUAGUUUAAAUAAAAAAAAGUAGAGAACAAAACAAACUCAUUAGCUGUUGUUUUUUAUCAUCGGUUACAAACAAAAAUAUUGUUAAAGAAUCAUGUAUUAUUAGAUUUUAGUGCACCAAAGUUCUGUCGUUAUUUUUAUUAAUCUUUUAAACUCCUGAUACACGUUUAUAAUAAUAAUCUAACAACAUGUUUUUCCUGUUAUGUAUCUAGAGAUGUCAUUCUAUCAUAAAUAAAUAUAAAUUUAUAUAUAUAUAAAUAUAAAUGCUGAUAUAAAUUUUUAGAGUUAUGGCACUUUAAAUAUUUUUAAAAAGGUAAUUAUUGUUAACCAGGUUGUUUGUUCAUAUAGACAUCUCUGAGAAAUUGGUGUUGAGUCAUGCUUUUCAGUUACUCAUUUAUUUGGAUACAUAUUUAUAUUUAUAAGCUAACAUACUUUAUAGUCAUGGGUGUGAAAACAAACAUUUUAGACGGAAGACAUUACAAAUGUUCAGUAUUAGCCCUUGUACAGUGCAGAAAGACUAGCGUUUUAUAAAAAUUCAGUUUUUAACUACUUGUAUUUACAAUUUAUACUUACCAGGAAAGCGUUGUAUCAAUCUAUAACGCGCACCACAUUUUUUUUUUUGAUAUUUGGAGGUAAAAAAUAAUUGCUAUACAUGGUUAAAUACGGUAGUGUGUUUUUUUCGAAAAGAAUGUAUACAAGUUUUAGUUCCUGUGAACUUUAAAAUGGGACAUACAAUUAUUGUCCAUGGGUAAAUAAGUAUUAUUGAAGUAAAACUAUUAUAAACAGUAAUCUCUGACAUAAUACAUGUUUUUAUACGGCUUUUUCUUCUUUUUUAUUGAAAUAUUCAUAGCAUUGUGUACUUAAAACAUGUUUUGCUAGCAUGGCAGUCUCUCAUUUUCACAUUUUAGCAAAUCGCUAUCAUGGCUUUGUAUUGCAAACUGUUAUAGUAUCCUUUUAUGUCGUUUUUCUACUGGUUUGUUCUUUCUCAAUAUUAUAGAUACAUUUAAAAUGCACAGUUCUUUUAUAUCCAGCUGUGUUUCUAUUAGAGGUAAUCUGCCAAUUGUAUAGCUUUUGCUUUUGGUUUUGUUUAUAAUUGUGUGUGUUUAUUUUAUUUCUUAUUCUUAGCGAAAAAUGUUUAUGAUGUGCAAUUCAUUACUGUUAAAAGUUUCAUGUGACAAUAAUGCCUCAGUUUCAGUAUAAUGUAUUGUACUAGAGGUCUGACUUACCAGACCUAGUUGCAUUCUACAUCCCCUAUACAUAAAAGUGGUAGCCUAUAUGAAGGUCAAAAAUGAAGACCACCCUCACAAUUAUUGUUGUAUACAAUAUUAUUAUACUGCCUGUGUAUGUUCUAUGUCCUGUGAUAUAUCUUGUUUUUUUAAUUUUAUUUAUCUACACGGCCGUUAUUUACAACAUUUUAUGUCAUUAAUGUCAUACGUGUUUGUUGCCUUUUGUAUAAAUUGGGUAUUUCUUAUGAGUAUUUUAGAAGACAAUGCUUUUUAUCAA